AUGGGUUUCUUCGCCGGCUUCUUCAGCGGCUUCGCCCUCACAACAUCAAUGCUCUACCUCACAAUCCAAGUACACAAGUCCAAUCGUCUUGCGCAGAAACAAGCGAUACGCGAACAAACACAGGCGAUCAGUUACCUUGCGCUAUCGAGGGGCGCGUAUGACCGGCGGUUGCUUCCAGCGGAUAGAGAUGCGGAGGAAGUGUCGGCGCAAGUUAUGGGCGUGGGCGGCGCAUCUGGAACGGGCAUGAGGGAUCAACUUAAGCACCAGUGGAAUGAGGAGGUGCGGAAGCUGGCGAGGAAGGCGUAUGAGAGUCGGUGGGAGGAUGUGCGGGAUACGGCUGUGGAGGGCUGGAAGGGGGUUCGGAGGUUGGUUAAGAGGGAGUGA